AUGGUCUACGAAUACGCCCUCGGGGCAUUUGACGAUGUCGUUAAAUUCGGCCUACCGGCCAGCCUGGCCAAAACUUUUGCUCAUGGUCUCCCGGAAGACUGGAAAGAGAGGCUUCUCGACAUCUAUCAAAAAUACGUCCGGCCCCAACUUGAUGAAUCUGAUGAUGAAGAGGAACCCGGGCAGAAAACUUCAAAAACGCCACGAUGUCUCUUCACACCCGUUCGUGUGUCUAAGCCGAGGAAGUCCCUUGGAAACGCGGAUAAGCCCCCAAGCCGGCCUAUUCUGGCGUUUUCCGACGACGAGCGGGAAAGUGACGAAGAAGCCUCACCUGUGCGGCCGCCGAAAAAGAUCGAGGAGAACAAUACGCACCGAACGAAGACCAAUGUGAAGCAGGCGAAUCAAGUCAACACUUCUCAUGCUGCCAAGAAACCGGCUUUCUCGACGAAGCGCCUAUCGACGCUGGACGAACAUGAAGAGGAAAAUCGCUCAACCUUUGACGCCGACGGAUUCCGAAUCCCGAAGGGCCGGGCGUCAGUGGGAAGCCGAAAAUCUCUGAGCACGGCAGAGGCUCGUCAGUCCUACAUCCCGGGUGUGACGGCGGUUGAAGACGUGAAGACAACAAGGUACGGCCGGCUAUCCCACCGUCCGUUGGCACAGUGGGCCGGCGAGGGAAAAGUUCUUGACACGAAUGGAGAUGUGAUUGGCGUGACUGGGAUCACCACGCAGACCGUGCUCACCGUCAAUCGAGGAUACGCACCGGACUUGCCAGCCAUCAGUCGAUUCCACGGAUUUGCGGGCACCCCACUGCGCAACACGAAGCAAGCUCAACGUGGCCUCCAUCGUCCGGAUCCCGAACCAAAAGUCAUCCGCCGAUCCACCGAGCACAAGCCCAACCGGGGCUACGACUCGGAAGAGGAGGACGAGACGCUCGAGCGAAUGAAACAAUUAUACGAUGAGGAGAGCCCCAUCAUCAAGGGCAGUCGCAAUAAGAAAAGAAUUGAUUCCUCUUCUGAAGAGGAGAGCAGUUCUGAAGCUAGCUCGUCCUCCGACGAAGAGCCUGCUCCACGAAAACCGCAGCCAAAGCGCGCGGAACAGCCGAAGCCGAAGAACACCAAAAAGCCAGCGCCCAAGGAGACGAGACCUAAGGAGAACGCAACUGACAAAAAGAAGAAGCCAACCACCAGCAAGCCGGCCCCUGUCUUUGCAGCUCCAGCCCCUAAGAAACCAAAGAAGCAGACUGCGGAAGAAAAAGCCCAAUAUGAAAAGAACUUGCGGUUAUUACAGGGAUCGCUAAAAAUCAUUUCUGUCCGAAACGAAGACGACUGGAAAAAGGUUGAGAAACGGCUGAAUGGCGUGUUUGAUGCGGCGACAUGCAAGAAGCUGGCAAUCGAGAAAGGGUUCUACAAAUCAACGCAGACGCAGGCAGAAUCAAGCAACGAGCCUGCUGUCAAAAUCACGGCCCGUCAAGGAACGACCGCCUACAAUAUGCAAGCCGACAAAUAUAUACGCAAUCACAUGACGACAGGCGGAACUGCUGACUUUUUUGGCAAGAUGGCCGCGGAAGAAGAGGAUAAGGAAGAGUCGCUGGAUUUGGACGACUCGAUGCUUGAGUUGAUGGUCACGCCAAAGCUCGACAAGAACUCGAAAAAGUCCGAUGCCAGCAGCACCAGUCGCCGUGGUGGAAAGAACGUGCUAAAAAUGAUUGAAAAUGAUCAGACGGGCAAACGGUCUCGCCGGCGCUCCUCCUCGCCACAACUCCCCGGCACUGCCGAAAGGGAACGGAACCAACGCUACGUCUCCCACCGCAUCAACAGCACGAUCAAUUCGACCCUGCUGAACGGCACGUCGCUCAACUACAGCAAGCGU